AUGGAGGAACAGGAUGGGAAUCAACAGAAGAAGAAAGAGAAAGAAGUCAUGAAUAUAACUCACGUUGGGAAGAAGGGCAACAGCAGGAGCAACAAAAUAAUCCUUACUUCUUUGAUGAAGAAAGCUUUAAUGAUAGGUUUAGAACACAAGAAGGAUGUAUUAGGGUGUCGCAGAGGGAAAGGAACGAUAAUUUUGGCGAAUCAAGAAAACAGAGAGACACACAAUCUAGAACGUGGAGACGUGCUCAGGAUCCCAGCUGGGACCAUGCUCAAUGUAGUCAACAGAGACAGCAGACAGAAGCUACAGUUUGCUGAAUUCUUCCAGUCCAUCUCCAUUCCAGACAAAUUCAGGGACUACAUUGGAAUGGGAGGGCAGAAUCCAGAGUCAUAUUUCAAUAGCUUCAGUGGUGAAGUACUUCAAGCUGCUUUCAAUACACCAAGGGAUCAACUAGAAAGGUUAUUUGGACAACAAAAGAAAGGAAUGAUAAUCAAAGCAUCGGAAGAACAAAUUAAGGCAAUCAGUAAACAUGCAUCAGAGAGUCACCAGAAGAGGAAAGGAAAAACAUCAAGUGGACCCUUUAAUCUGUUGCAGAAGUCUCCGGUACAUUCUAACAAGUACGGAAAGCUAAUUCAAGUUGAUGGAAAUGACUACAAUCAACUUCAAGAUCUUGAUAUGUCUGUUACCUUCACAAACAUCACCAAGGGUGGAAUGAUGGCGCCAUUUUACAAUUCAAAAUCAAGUAGAUUUGUGAUGGUAGUCAAGGGUCAAGGUUACUUUGAAAUGGCGUGUCCACAUAUCUCUAAAACACAACAAAGAGGACAAAGAGCACAAGAACAGGAAGAAACAGAACAAGAAGGGGUACAUUACCAAAGGAUUAGUGCGCAACUUCGCCCAAGAACAGCCUUUGUAAUCCCGGCAGGUCAUCCUACUACCAUUAUUGCAUCCAAAAACGAGAAUUUGCAGAUGGUCGUAUAUGGAAUCAAUGUCCGUGAUAAUCAGAAAAACUUUCUUGCAGGGAAAGAGAAUGUUAUGAACCAGAUUAGUAGAGAAGCCAAGGAAUUAGGGUUCAAUGUGGAAGCAACAGAGGUGGAAGAGAUCUUCAACAACCAGAAAGAAUCUUUCUUUCUUCCAGGGCCUCAGCAGCAGCAGCAACAACAAAAACAACAGAAAGGAGAGGAAGGGGUGCAUCAUGUACCCUUGAGUUCCAUCUAUGAUUUUGCUGCCUUCUAA